AUGGAAUUGAUCACUGAUCUUGGAAUGGCAGGAUCAAAACUAGUAAUCACUCCAAUGGAAUGCAAUCAGAGAUUCAUAACAGCAGAAUAUGACCAACACUUGGAGCUGAAAGAUGAUGAGAAGCUGCCAGAUGCAGGGCCAUACCAAAGAUUGGUUGGGAAACUGUUGUACCUCACUAUGAUAAGACCAGACAUUUGUUAUGUAGUGCAUGUGUUGAGCCAAUUUAUGCAUUGUCCAAAGAAGUCAUACAUGGAGGUAACAAUAAGAGUUGUUAGGUACAUAAAAGGGGUACCAGGUCUUGGUCUACUGAUGAGCUCAAAGCCUUGCUCAAAACUCACAGCAUUUUGUGAUGCUGACCGGGCAUCGCGUCCAGUGUCCAGAAAGUCUGUGACAAGGUACGUGAUGAAGCUAGGAGAUUCUUUGGUAUCUUGGAAGUCAAAGAAGCAGUGCACGAUAUCAAGAAGCUCAGCAGAAGCUGAGUACAGGAGCAUGGCUACUGCAGUCUCAGAAAUCCUAUGGUUGACAGGGUUAUGCAAGGAACUGAGUGCAGAGGUUGAAUUGCCAGUGGAGCUGUUCUGUGAUAGCAAGGCAGCAAUCCAAAUUGUUGCAAAUCCUAUAUUCCACGAACGAACGAAGCAUAUAGAAAUAUACUUGCACUUCAUCAGAGAAAAAAUCCAACAAGGAAUUGUCAAAACAAGAUAUGUGAUGUCUAGAGACCAAGAAGCAGACAUGUUCACAAAGGCUCUAGGAAGAUCGCAACAUGAUUACCUGAUAGGCAAGCUAGGGGUGCUGAACUUGUUUGCACCAUCUAGCUUGAGGGGGAGUGUUGAAGAUAGGAGUAGUCACGUGCCAAUCACGUGA